CUAUUAUGUUUCACUUCUCUUUUCAUGGUUUUUAGAGACUGAUUUAGACCAUAUUGUGUUUUCCAGAAGGAGAGUCCUUAGAGUUACCUGCAGAUUGGGACCCGAUGGGUAGCAGUCUGGUGAAAUUGGUGCAGCUGAAUACCUCCGCACCAGAAUACACAAAUGUCCAGACGCUGUUUGCAAGAACUUGUCAUAUGAGAAUACUGAAGGUAAUUAUCUCUCUUCUAAUGUAAAGUUGUCCUUUCUGUGUAAAUGUGACCAUGCCAAUACAAAAACAAUAGUGGUACCCUAACCACCAACACAUCGGUAAACUCUGAAAAUGGUGGUAAAACAGAAAUAAACAAACACCAUCUUUCUUGUUUAUUUCUAAAUGUGACGUGGCCUGACCAAGACAUUGCUCUGUCUGGGUCCAAGAACAAGAUGCUCCCCCCACCCAGAAUGCCCCCCACAUCCUAUACAGACACACACACAAUGCACCCCAUCCUACACAGACAUACCCACAUAAUGCACUACAUUAUUAAACACAGAAUAAUAUUUCCAUCCACCCACAAUUCACAUUUCACCUCCACUGCUUCCCCUGCUCUGUGUCCCCAACUUAUAUCACCCUGUAAACUCUACCAAUGUUAUUAUAUAGAGUGCUGCCCCCCAUAGGUCACUGCAGGUCUCUAAAUUCAUCCAAAUACGGCUAUAAUUAUUGCCCCAGUCAUAUUCCAUAUUCCCUCCAUUACACCAAUUCAGCCAUAUCUACCAAUUCCACUUACUGUGUCCCUACUGACGUUAGGUGAAACUGCUUGUAACGGACACAAGAGGUUAAAAACCGUUUAGGCGAUAUUCCCCUUCCCCGAUGCACAGGCAGCUACUGUAAGCACCAAUCUCCCGAACUGCAAACUACACGAAUACUGGAAACAGCCGAACAGGUAAAAACGUACGAAAGGUUUACACUCCUGGCAGUCAGUAUACAAUCCAAUUCCCCCAAUAACGAGACGACACUUCGUUUUGAGGGUCAAGCAGAAUCUGGUUUACUGGGGUUACCUGCCCGGCUUUUAUGCAGGUCUCCCACCUGGUGGACACUCCCCUAGGGGACCAGAUGGGAAACUGGGAAACAUAUUGGACGUUGACCAAUCACAGACGUACACAUUUCCACAAUCCCACAAUGCAUCACAAUCCCUCCUCUCUGCCCUGGAGAUAAUUGGGAAGUAAUCCAAUUAUCUCCAAGGACAGAGGCAAAACUCCAUUACACACGUUAGUAAAAAGACAUAAAAUUACAUACGGUUACAUUUAUUACAUAAAACAUACACAUUCUACCUAUCCCCAGAUAGCUUAGAUCUGAUCGCACAUUACUACCGAAUGGCACUCAGAUCACAUACAUACAGUUCAAUCGCCAUGGAGCCAAAGUCUUUCCCAUAGUCUUUCGUUACACGAAUAGGCUCCAUGGCAUGGCCAUCUGGGGUGAUGCUGUUCAUACGGUUAAACUACCGAAUGAACAGUCUGUCUGUUCCACUACCGAAUGCAGAGGUAAGGAGGCUGGCGGCUCAGCGGUGUUCGCACAAUUAAGUGUCCGUUUUCCGUUCCAUAGUUUGGGCGCUGAACACCGCUGGCCAUUCGGGAGCUAAAAUGGCCACUGCCACGUGUUCGGCAACCAAACAAAGGCCACCCAGCGUUCGUCAAUUAAGCUGCGGUUAACCGCAGCUUCUGGGCGGUCAAUUGACGGUACACUCCAGUUCCCAGGUGGUCCAUCGAUCGGUACUUUGUUCGGUAGAUUGAAUCUACCGAACACCCUGGCAGAAAGGCACGAAUACGCCUUUCUGCAGGGAAAAUAAAAGGUUUUAACUGCCGGGCCAUAGUCUAAAGGGAGCAGGCGAGCAACCAGGCUUCUCCAGUGCAUAGUGGCGAGGUUGGUUCCGCCACCCUGCUCAACAAUGAAAAUGUUUCUGACUUCAAAUUACUUACAUUUAAUUGAUUUCAGAGUGUGAAAAAAGAAUAUUUAAAACUGUUAUCGGUAAAUGUAAACCAACGUAUUAGCAAUCUCUUAUAAGUGAUCUAUUGAUAAUGAAAUAUGUAAAUAUUGGACCACUAUAAAAAUAAUGGUCAAAUUCCCAGGUUGAAAUAGGUCGUAAUAGAAAUCUAAAUAAAUAAAUCAACUAAAGUAUAUACAGAAAAAUAUAGGGUGAACAUGAUAAUUACUGAGAGUAUAAUCAUAAUGAGGUUUUGUUCAAAAGCUUUCAGAAACCUUCAUCCAGUAAUGUAUGCAAAACAAAGUUUUGCAAUUCACAUGAGCUAUAUACAUUAGAAUCACUAUAUUGUAGCAGGUUUGUUAUCUGGAUGCGAAGUAACCGAGCUGCAGCAUAACACAGGAUAGUUGAACAAGUAGCGUACCUUGUGCCAUGUGAAAUGAUCAAUUUGCAUGGGCUAUAUACGGUAUUGACUCUGCAUUAUAGCAGAAAUGCAGGGUAUCCUAGCUGCAACAUAAAAAGGAAGGAAUAUGGAUGCAAAACUUUAAUCGUAAUGAUCUAUGUGCCGAGCGAUAUGGGACGCUGCACCAACAUUCUGAUAGUUAGUAUACUAUGUAUCCGAUCUCUGCUACAAAAAGCUAUUAUGCUUAAUAAAUUAGCACAAGUGAAUGGAUGCUUAACCGCUCAGGCUGUUAAUAAAGAAAUGGUUAAUAUCACAAAAAAUCAAAAAAGAGGACCGAGAAUCUGAUCCUCAAUAGAUCUACUAUUAUAGUGCUGCCUGAAGCAUAAGCGGUUAGGCCAACUCGGGGUCGUGAAACAGAAAAAGUAUCCGGUCUUAAUGAAAUGUUAAAUGAAAAUGAAGUCUCAAGACCAGCGAGUCCUACUUAUAAGAGAUUGCUAAUACGUUGGUUUGCAACCUAUGUCUAAUGGAUUGUAAAUAUCUUUGUAUACAUUCUUAUUUAUGAAUAGUAUUCUUAUUUAGGACAUUCAGACCCUAAUUUUACUAUUACUAAUAAAAGUUACAUUUUAAGGGCACUCACUAUUUCUUUUGUUUUUGGGUUAACCUGAGUACCCUUUAAGCUUCCUCUUUCUCGCAUUACUUUUCGGUUCUGUGAUAUAGCUCAUUUAUGAUGAAAUAGGGUGUGGCGAAACCAACCUCGCCACUGUGAACUGGAGAAGCCUGGUUGCUCGCCUGCUCCCUUUGGACUAUGGCCCUGCAGGUUAAACCGUUUAUUUCCCCUGCAGAAAGGCUUAUUUGUGUGAUCUGAGUGCCAUUCAUCUAAUAAUGUGCACUCAGAUCCCAGCUAUCUGGGGAUAUGUGAAAUGUCUGUGUGUUAUGUGAAAAGGUUACUUUAUGUAUUUUAAAGUGUUUUGUGUCUUUUUGCAACCAUGUGCUUAAUGGAGUCUUGUGUCUAUCCUGGGAGAUAAUUGAAUUACUCUCCAGGAUAGAAGACUCUGAAACUGGUUUGGGCCAGAAAGCCAUGCUUCAUUUAGUCACAAAGGACUUUCCCUUAACUUUUGAACCCCUGGUCUGAUUCGUGCCAUUUUUUAAUAUGUUGUUCCCCUGAAUGGAUUGAUUAUGAAAAUGUAUGUUUUAUGUAUGUGACAUGUAUAUUUUAGAAGUUAGAAAUAUUGUGUAAAAACUGUAUUCCUCUGCCGGUGAUAAUGAGAUUACCCAUUGUGUUCAGUAAUCAUAUCACCUGCAGAGGGGAGGAUUUUGUGUGGGAGUGUCUGGGUGUAUUGUACGGAUUGAUUGGUUGUUUUGUAACGCCCUGUGGGCUGUACUAUGUUUGUGGAUUGGGAAUAAAAGAGACUGUAUGUGACAGUACAGGGAGUUCCUGUUUUAACCCUCAAAGUGAAGUGUCGUCUCAUUAUUGGGGGAAGGAUUUAUUGUAUGCUGUUCCAGUUUGACUGCUAGGAGAGUAAACCUAUUCGUAUGGUUCCUAUUCAACUGUCUACAGCAUUCAUAUGCUUGAGAGAAGGUAUAUGCUUCUCCGGUUCGGUGGUUGUGGUGUCUGCUGCAGUGCUUGGAAUCCUCAGGAAGCGCUAGGAGCAUCCUUCAACGGAGGUACCCAGUCGGGGUGCCAGGCGAUCCGUUACAUAGGGUAUUGUGGCAAACCUGAGUACCUGAAUGAUGAAUUACCGUCAGACCUGUUUUGUGUAUUGUUUGCAUGAAGUGAAGGUUAGAGUGUUGUUUUUUAUUGUUUUUUGUUUGGCGUGAUGUUAAAAGCCAGGAUUCCACAUAAAUGUGUUGCCAUUGCUGACAUUGUUUUGCUAUGUGUGCGGUGAUGUGGCAGAAUCACCCAAUUACUCCACUCAUGAAGACAGUCUAUCGCGUUAUUUUGGCAUCCACUUGGGGACCAGGACAAACCCUGGUCACUUCAUAUUUGCUGCAAUACAUAUUCUGUGAAUAUAUGUGGAUGGUUUGUUAAAUAAAAGACGUUCAGUGCUGUAACGGCACCCCCAGGCAUAAAAAGGGCUUAAACCGCCGUUUAGUAGAUCUUCCCCUUCCAGAGACACAGGCACAGCUACUGCAGAACCCCAAACUCCCGAACUGCAUACAAAGUAGCACUCCAAACUCCCGAACUGGAACCUCACGAAUAGCUGCUAGCUGCUGAACAGCAAAAACACCCAAGCGUCUUACACUCCUGGCAAUCAGUCUCUAACAGCAUGCAGUAAAUCCCCCCAAGAACGAGACAAAGCUCCGUGUUGAGGGUCAAGCAGGAACAGGCAGAGUUUUGGGUUUAUUGUUCUUAUAUACACAUUAGUACCACCCACAGGGUUUUGGAAAACAACCAAUAAACACAUAAAAUACACUCAGACACUCCCACACAAAAUCCUCCCCUCUGCCUGUGAUACAAUUACCUUACACAAUGGGUAAUGUAAUUAUAACAGCCAGAGAAAUACAAUUUUUCCACAUUAUUCAGAGCUUGAAAAGUAUGCAUCACAUUCACAUAAAUGAAUCAGAAUAAGCAUACUCCAAAUACAAACAUAUGUCAAAAUCAUCCAAAUUGGUCCAUUGAUUCAAAAGAUAGAUCGAAGUCCUUUGUGACCAAAUGAAGCAUGGCUUUUCUGCCCAAAACCAGUUCCACAGAGUCUUCUAUCCUGGAGAUAAUUGGGAAGUAAUCCAAUUAUCUCCAAGGACAGAGGCAAAACUCCAUUGAACACAUGGCAGCAAAAGACAAUAAAACACAUAGAAAUAUAACUGUGCAGCCAUUGCACAAAACAGGUACAUUCAACAUAUCCCCAGAUAGCUCAGAUCUGAGCGCACAUUAUUACUGAAUGGCGCUCCGAGCACACACAUACAGUUUAAUUGCCAUGGAGCCAAAGUCUUUCCCAUAGUCUUUCAUUAUACGAAUUGGCUCCAUGGCAUAUCUAUCUGGGGUAUCACCGUUCAAACAGGGCAAGCACGAAUGACCCAGCUUUCAUGUCUUUGCAGGGGAAAAUCAAGCAUUUCAACAUGGGGCCAUAGUCUAAAGGCAGCAGGCGGGCAACCAGGCUCCUCCAAUGCACAGUGGCAAGAUUGGUCUCGUCACAAGUGCCUUUUGCCGUUCUAAUGACUUGGAGAGAGUCCACAAAUUAUAUAAAUGACUGCUAUUCCUGCAUGGUACCUCCUAUUAAAUAUGUCAAGAAAAAAAGACUAGUGUGGAAUACCCCAUUAUCUCGCCAGUUAUCUGACCAGUGCCACAUGGGGUCAAUCUGCCUGUGAGGUCACCCUCCAGAAGCCAAUUUCAUCAAGAACAUCUUAUGGAUGAAAACCUUGGGUUAGUCCUCGAUGUUUGAGAAGCUUUUAAAUGUGUUGAGCAGCUGAAGAGCUGACAAACAACCUGUGGCGGCCACUCGAGUAGGGACACAGGUCUCGCCACCAAGAACGUCCUUUCCAAGGAUCUCAGUCGGUGCCUUCUUCAGCGAUUAUAGCAGGAGAGUGUGUUCUAGAAUAUGAAAAACAAAGUUUGUAAAUAAAAUUCUAAAACUUAGUUUGCUCGGUCACAAAUUUAUUAACAUCUAUAAAAGCUUCAAAAGAUUUAAAAGUAUUAGAAGGGGCAAAUUUAAGACCUUUGGUUAAAACUGCUAUUUGUGCGCUAGUUACAAUUUUCUGUGAAAGGUUAAAAAUGCCGCUGCUAGUACUGCUAGUGCGCGCCGGCGUCUAAACUACCGUUCCCAUACCCCCAUGCGGCAAUAUGCCGGUCACAUGACCAAGCAAACUAAGUUUUAGAAUUCUAUUUAUAAACUUCGUUUUUCAUAUUCUCUUAUGUAAUAUGUAUUAACCAAUCACAAGCUUACAAUCCCACAAUGCAUCACAAUCCCUCCUCUCUGUCCUGGAGAUAAUUGGGAAUUCGCGCUCAGAUCACAUACAUACAGUUCAAUCUCCAUGGAGCCAAAGUCUUUCCCAUAGUCUUUCGUUACACGAAUAGGCUCCAUGGCAUGGCUAUUUGGGGUGAUGCUGUUCAUACGGUCAAACUACCGAAUGAACAGUGAUUCGGUUCCACUACUGAAUGCAGAGAUAAGGAGGCUGACGGCUCAGCGGUGUUCGCGCAAAUAAGUGUCCGUUUUCAGCUCCAUAGUUUGGGCGCUGAACACCGCUGGCCGUUCGGGAGUUAAAAUGGCUGCUGCCACGUGUUCGGCAAACGAACAAAGGCCACCCAGCAUUCGUCACUUAAGCUGCGGGUUAACUGCAGCUUCUGGGCGGUCAAUUGACGGCACACUCCAGUUCCCAGGUGGUCGAUUGUUCUACCGCACAUCCUAGCAGAAAGGCACGAAUACGCUUUUCUGCAGGAAAAUAAAAGGUUUUAACUGCCGGGCCAUAGUCCAAAGGGAGCAGGCGAGCUACAGUGGACAGUGGCGAGGCUGGUUUUGCCACAUUCACAUAAGUUCUUGUCCCGAAAAGUGCUCCCCUGGCCUAUUUGGGGAAGGAGCAGGCGGUGUUCCUGAGGUAGCUGUCCGAUUUCAGUUCCAUGCUUUCAACGUCUGAGUACCGCUGCCUGCAUUGGUGAUACAAAAUGGCCGCCAGUCCACGUGCGUUCAUUCAUCCGAAUGGUGGCCACCCAGACGAGCACUUAAGUUAAUGGGUUAUAUAACAAUAAUGAGUGGGUUCAAUUAAGUUAAUGAGCCAGGGGGUGGUCUGGGUUCGUGAGGUAUAAAAGGGGAAAACGCUCUUUAUUCGGUAACUGAACAACCAGGGUUAUAACCGAAUGAAAAGUUUAAUAAGUGACGAGGUGUUCUGUCACACAACCUUCUCGAAAAGGAGCAGCAACUGGGCUACAACAUGUCACUCAAAAAACAACUUACUCAACUCUUAUCUGGACUUCUUCCAUGACAACUGCUGUGCAGUGAGUAAUGGGCACGGUGACCGGUUACAAGACAUUUCAGCAAAGGAACGAAGAUAUUAGGGAAGGUGGAACGCUUCUAUGCUUGCUGACUGUCGUUGGACAGUGACUAAAAAUCCCCUAGAAAAGUAGUACAUACGACAAACCGCUCUUUUAGAUAAUGCUUUCAGUUUGUAUGUUUUAAAAAAAAAAAAAAAUUCUAUUUACGAGUGAAAACAACUUUAAUUUAUGUCAAGAAAAUGUCAGGUUGUUGUAGUAAUAUUGCUUUUCACUAUGAUUAGAGCGCAAUAAAUCUAUCUCAAAAGCUACAGCUAAUAAAAAAGAAUAAUUAAAGGAGAAAAGAGGGGGAAGCAUUAUAGGAGGCAAUAGAGCAAAAAGGAGCAGAAUAGAUAUCAAUAAAGAAAUCGCACCCACUGGAAUUUCUUUAAUUUAUCUAAAAGUUAGGAAAAGAUGACAUCUCUUUGCUGAAUAAAGUUUUAAAGCUUGCACCUUCUAAGGGUCAGUAUGAUGGCAGAUGAAUGCAAAGUUAUGCACUUCGGCGUAAAGAAUACACAAGCAACGUAUACCCUUAAUGGAAGCGAAUUAGGGAUAACAACACACGAAAAGGACUUGGGAAUUGUUAUAGACAACAAACUAUGCAACAAUGUGCAAUGUCAAUCAGCAGUGGCCAAGGCCAGUAAGGUAUUGUCAUGCAUGAAAAAGGGCAUUCAUUCUCGGGACGAGAAUAUCAUUUUGCCUCUGUGGCAAACCUAGCCACUUGGACUAUAACCAGAGACUGUACCUUUAAGGGUUGCCUGUAUGUCUGGGGAGAUAUGUGUUUAACUACGUAUAUUGUAUGCUGACUGUAAUGUAUUGAAUUGCCUGUAAUUGCUAUCCGCCGAAUGCAGAUAGCUGUUUGUUAGGGGUUUUCCUUUCGUUUCAAGAACGGCACUUUGGAGGGCCGUUCAUGAAUCGAAAACACUACCCCUAAUAGCCCACACACUUAGAGGCGUGUGGCGCUGGUUAACCAAUUGCAACAAUGUUGCAAUCGGUAAUUAGAGGCUCUCCUGGGUGGCCGUCGUUCGACUACCGACCAUGCGGCGGUCGGCCAUCUUGGAUCCUUUGUUCCCUCAGCGGUGCUAGGUCGUCGAGCGCAUGGUACUAAAAACGGCUACUCGACGGCACGAACACCGCUGAGCCUCCAGGACGUUCGGGAGUUCCAGGCCAUUCGGUAUUUCAUUCCCUGGAAGGCAAUCGGUUUUCAAUAAAUGUGUUUUUCGUGCGGCGUUCGGUUAUUUUAGCUGGGAUCUGAGCGGUAAUCUCACGAAUGAGGCGCUCAGACCCCAGCUAUCUACCGAACGUCCAUUCGUGCAAAUCAACAGUAUAUUCACAAAGUUAUGGAUUUUUGUAUAAAUUGUCAGUUCUGCUGCACGAGGGGAUAAUCCACUUAACGGCAUAUUCUAGGAGGAGGAUCCCUCUCGUGCAGCAGUGCCUGAUGGGAGAAAUAUGUUGUACUGUAAGUUCCCCAUUUAGUCCCCUCUAGGAAUGCCCCUGGGAGGGGACUCAGGAAACCCCUUGCAUGGGGACUUGUAUAAAUUGUGCAGCAGAAUUAAAGGACUUCAGUUGACUCUCAGAACUGUGUCUCGUCCGGUUACUGGGAGGUUGGGGAUAUUGCCUUGUUGUUUCAGCGCUUGACUGUGGAUUACUUCCUGAACCAGCGGAAUUCGUGGAUUUAAUAUUGGCGUUCCGCUACAGCCUCUUUAUAAAUCACUGGUAAGACCACAUAUUGAAUAUGCUGUGCAAUUUUGGGCACCUGUUCUAAAGAAGGAUAUUAUGGCACUAGAAAAAGUGCAGAGGCGGGCUACAAAAUUAAUAAAAGGAAUGGAACAUAUCAGCUAUGAAGAAAGGUUAACAAAUUUAAACCUAUUUAGUUUAGAAAAACGUCGCCUGAGAGGGGAUCUGAUAACAUUAUACAAAUAUAUUCGGGGCCAAUACAAACCAUUGUGUAGAAAUCUAUUUACAAACCAGACUUUAAAUAGGACACGAGGCCAUGCGUUUAGACUGGAAGAAAGAAGAUUUCAUCUAUGGCAAAGGAAAGGGUUUUUUUACUGUAAGAACAAUCAGGAUGUGGAAUUCUCUGCCUGAGGAAGUGGUUUUAUCAGAGUCCAUACAGAUGUUCAAACGGCUACUAGAUGCAUACUUGCAAGAACAGAAUAUUCAAAGAUAUAAUCUUUCAAUGUAGGGUAAUAACUGCUUGAUCCAAGGAUAAAUCUGACUGCCAUUCUGGGGGUCAAGAAGGAAUUUUUUUCCUAGCUUGUUGCAAAAUUGUGCUUCAAACUGGGUUUUUUUGCCUUCUUUUGGAUCAACAGCAAAAAACAAAUGUGAGGUAGGCUGAACUUGAUGGACGCAAGUCUCUUUUCAGCUAUGUAACUAUGUAACUAUAUAUUGAUUUAAAUAGAUUUACUAGGAAUUUGUGUUUGAAAUAAUAUUUUAUGAAAAAUGUUGUCAUACCGUCUAACAAUGCUCAAAAGGACUUGAAUCAUAUAGAGAUGGUACAUGUGGUGAACAUAAUCUCACCACGGGCUCCUGGAGAAGCCUGCUUGCCAGCCUCCUGCCUCAGGACUAUGGCCCCUGCAAUAGAUACUAAUAUACUUAAAAAGGCUCUGUUCGUGCAAUUGGGAUUGUAUGCUUCGGGAACCGAACAGCCGCACGAACCAGAAACCACCUGGGAGCUUGUUAAGCCCAAUUAAUACUUUGUAGCAAUUUCCACCGCAGUGUUCAUCUGGGUCGCCGCUUUUCGUAUGAAUGACCACGAGGCAACGGUGUUUGGGCAUGAAUCUCAUGGAACUAAAAGUCAGACACAGAAACUCCCGAACACUGCUGGACUUGUGUGUGUAGAAUGUUUGCUUGUAACUAGACUCCUCUCAGGUCCUGCGGGGUAUGCCCCUGGAAUGUGAUUAAGGAAACCCCUUGCAUGGGGAGUUGCAUUAAAGGCUGCAUAUGGCUCCCAUUAAACCAGUUCCAGUUCAUCCCCAGAAGCAGGUCUUCCCACUGGUAGCUGGACCCAGGAAGGGACGGCGAGACCCCGGCCAAGCUAUGGCGGCUAAGGGUCUACAGUGCUGAUGGUGUCUGGUUGAGUGCUUGGAGUACUCGGUGAGCACUAGGAAGCAGCGAUUGGUGGAGAUAGCCAGUCGGGGUGCCAGGCAAUCCGCCACAGUACACACCUCUCUGAAUUAGAAAACUUCCUUUUUUCUAAGUGGUUGAUGUCGAUGGAAAUCUCAACAGUUCAAAAUAUGGUUACCUCUGAUAUAGACAAACUAAAACCACUGAGUUUCAAUCCAAUUUAACUCCACAGGAGCACAGGGCCCAUAAAAAAAAAAACUUACACAGAAUGCUAAUACAGUGAUAAAACCGUGAGGCAAAGUAAUAUGGUUAUUAAAGACACCUUGUAGAUAACAUAACAUAUGUGAAAUUAUCCUUGUGCAACAGUUUAGCAGUAGUUUGAGCCCAGUUGCAGGAGAUGGCACAAGGAGUAAGCAUAAACCAAAAACACAGGACAGAUAAAGGGGAAAUCCAAAGGCAGAGUCAGACGAGAAGCAGAAGUCAGGGCUGGCAGCGGAGUAUCAUAGUCAGUAAAGCAGGCAGAGGUCAGAGUCAAUGAAAUCAGUCAGCAGAGUAACAAAGAUCCGACAGGAAACACCAAACAGACCAAAUGACCAGAUCCUAGGUCUCAGGCAGGGCUGGCUUUUACAGCUUGAUGAUUAGGAGCAGCUGACCCUAAUUGGUAAGGGGUUGCAGGUGGAUCAGCACUGCUCCAUCCAGGCAAGGGGUCAUGAAGCAGAAUAUUGAAGAUAGAUACUGAAGCCCCCUGGUGGAUAUCACAGCAGAGGACCUGACUGGAAUGCUGGAGCUGUGAAUUCAAAUCCAGCCAGGUCUCUUAAAGGGGUGGCCACGCCUUGAUGUCUGCAGGGUUCGGGGUGCACUGUGACAGCCCCCCCACAGACAGGGCUUCAACUAGAGGAUCCAUUUCAGGCUCAGACAGGGAAUCCAGAUCUGUAUAGGUAUCAGGAUCCGGAGUGUUGGAACAUUUUGCAGGUUGUCAUUCUUCGAGAAGGCAGUGGAGGCAAGAAGCAGCAACCACCUGAGGGGAUGCAGCUUUGGCUUUAAGUGCCUGCUCAAAUACCUUUAGAUCUUGCCUGCGGAACACGGUUCCACUGGAGGCAAUUAAGGCAAUCCUUGAUUGAAAAUUAUUCCAAGAGGGAGUCCUAAGUUUCUAUAUUCAAAAAGGGUUCAAAAUCCUUGCCUGGAAAUUAUAGACCUGUGAGCUUAACUUCUGUGGCUGGUAAAAUAUUUGAAAGGUUAUUAAGGGAUAAUAUUCAAGAAUUCCUUGAGAAGAACAUGGUUAUCAGCAAAAAUCAGCAUGGUUUUAUGAAGCACAGGUCAUGUUAAACUAACUUGAUUGCGUUCUACGAAGAAGUAAGUAGAAGUAUAGAUCAGGGUGUUGCCGUGGAUGUGAUCUAUUUGGAUUUUGCCAAGGCAUUUGAUACAGUUCCACACAAUAGAUUAGUGUUCAAACUCAAGGAAAUCGGUCUAGAUGAAAAUGCUUGUUCUUGGGUAGAACAUUGGCUUAAAAACCGAGUACAAAGAGUUGUCAUUAAGGGUAAAUUUUCAAGCUGGACAGAGGUGGCAAGUGGUGUCCCUCAGGGGUCUGUUCAGGGACCCCUUCUAUUUAACAUGUUUAUAAAUGAUCUUGAAGACAGCAUUGAAAGUCAUGUUUCAGUGUUUGCUCAUUACACAAAACUUUGUAAAAUAAUACAAUGUGAGCAAGAUAUUACUUUGCUGCAGAGGGAUUUAGAUAGACUGGGGGACUGGGCACUCAAAUGGCAGAUGAUUUAAUGUUGAAAAAUGCAAAGUUAUGCACUUCGGCGUAAAGAAUACACAAGCAACGUAUACCCUUAAUGGAAGCAAAUUAGGGAUAACAACACAUGAAAAGGACUUGGGAAUUUUUAUAGACAACAAACUAUGCAACAUUGUGCAAUGUCAAUCAGCAGUGGCCAAGGCCAGUAAGGUAUUGUCAUGCAUGAAAAAGGGCAUUCAUUCUCGGGACAAGAAUAUAAUUUUGCCUCUUUAUAAAUCACUGGUAAGACCCCAUAUUGAAUAUGCUGUGCAAUUUUGGGCACCUGUUCUAAAGAAGGAUAUUAUGGCACUAGAAAAAGUGCAGAGGCGGGCUACAAAAUUAAUAAAAGGAAUGGAACAUAUCGGCUAUGAAGAAAGGUUAACAAAUUUAAACCUAUUUAGUUUAGAAAAACGUCGCCUGAGAGGGGAUAUGAUAACAUUAUACAAAUAUAUUCGGGGCCAAUACAAACCAUUGUGUGGAAAUCUAUUCACAAACCGGACUUUACAUAGGACAUGAGGCCAUGCGUUUAGACUGGAAGAAAGAAGAUUUCGUCUAAGGCAAAGGAAAUGUUUUUUUACUGUAAGAACAAUCAGGAUGUGGAAUUCUCUGCCUGAAGAAGUGGUUUUAUCAGAGUCCAUACAGAUGUUCAAACAGCUACUAGAUGCAUACUUGCAAAAACAGAAUAUUCAAGGAUAUAAUCUUUCAAUGUAGGGUAAUAACUGCUUGAUCCAAGGAUAAAUCUAAAUCCCAUUAUGGGGUCAAGAAGGAAUUUUUUUCCUAGCUUGUUGCAAAAUUGUGCUUCAAACUGGGUUUUUUUGCCUUCUUUUGGACCAACAGCAAAAAACAAAUGUGAGAUAGGCUGAACUUGAUGGAAGCAAGUCUGUUUUCAGCUAUGUAACUAUGUAAGUUUGAAAGAAAAGAAUACGAGAAAAUCCCAAUUUUCUACUUUCUCCCAAAAAUGAACAAUGACAGGACCCAACCCCCAGGUAGACCCAUUAUUUUGGGCGUUAACUCUGUGUCUUGCAGGUUAUCUGAGAAUGUAGACCAUUUACUCCGACCUCUAGUAAAGAAAUGUACUUCUUAUUUAAGGGACACAACCAAUGUACUCCAGGAGCAAUGUCCAACGUAAAGAAAAUUGUUCUCUUGGUUAAAACUGAUGUUUCCGCUCUAUAUACUAAUAUGAGAAAUGAUUUAGGAGCAACAGAACACUUUCUAGAGACUACUGCAUCCAUUCCGUGUAAGCAAAUCCAAUUCAUUUUGGAUUCUAUAGAAUUUGAGUUUGGAAAAUAAUUAUUUUUGGUUCCAGAAUGAUUUGUACUUGCAAAAAUGUGGUCCUGCAAUGAGCACCAGGUUCGCUCUCAGCUCUGCCAACCUAUUUCUGGCACAUUGAGAAACCCAACAUAUGGGUUCAGGCAAUGGCUGGGAUACAAACCUGGUGCUAAAUAGAUACAUUGACAAUUUUUUUCUAAUCCUCUCGGGGGAAGGCAUAAGUACGGCGAUUUGCGUUUUUUGACUAUCACAAGUCAUUUCAGCAAACUUAAAUAUAUUUAUUAUUGAAUCUGUUAAAAGAUCUGCACUAGUUGUACAUUUUCUUUUUUCCGAGCAUUAUUUGAUCUGAUGACCGUGUGGCACCAUCUACUGGCUGCCUGAGUAUUUGUAUAAUUUAUUUUGUUGGUGUGGGAACUCUCACCUUAAUGUUCAUUGCUCGACUUUUUAUAUAAUUAGUUUUACUGAAACGGAAACUGUUCAGAUUAUACUAUUAAUGUUUUCUAUUCCCAGCAAUAGAGACAGUGGUUAUGGUUAAUUUAAUCCCAGUAUGGUAUUGCUUUAAAUUCUUCUCUCUUGCCUGUUAUUGUAGAUUGAGAGAGUCCAGAACAAACAUCUCUGGCAGAAUUACCAGAUACGGAAGAACAAUAUUGACGCGAAAAACAAAAGCACAAACAACGAGAAGCAGCUGUUUCAUGGUACAGACCCCAAUACAGUAACAAAAGUCAAUCACCACGGAUUCAAUCGCAGCUACGCAGGGAAAAACGGUGAGAAAUUAGGCUUUUGGUCCGUCAUGAAAAAUGUAUCUAAAGAGGCUCUCCUAUCACUGUAACAAAUCGCUGUGUUCAGUCUGAGGGGGCGGGGCCAUACACAGAACGCUGUGUUCAGUCUGAGGGGGCGGGGCCAUACACAGAAUGCUGUGUUCAGUCGGAGGGGGCGGGGCCAUACACAGAUCACGGUGUUCAGUCUGAGGGGGGGCCAGGCACAGAUCACUGUGUUCAGUCUGAGGGGCGGGGCCAGGCACAGAUCACUGUGUUCAGUCUGAGGGGGCGGGGCCAGGCACAGAUCACUGUGUUCAGUCUGAGGGGGCGGGGCCAGGCACAGAUCACGGUGUUCAGUCUGAGGGGGCGGGGCCAGGCACAGAUCGCUGUGUUCAGUCUGAGGGGGUGGGGCCAUACACAGAUCGCUGUGUUCAGUCUGAGGGGGCGGGGCCAUAUACAGAUCGCUGUGUUCAGUCUGAGGGGGCGGGGCCAUGCACAGAUCCAGAUAAGGCUUUAUGACGCUGAAUACAGCAAUCCCAGAAUCUUAGAGCAUUUGUUCCUGUUAGCGAACACGGCCCGAAGGUAGGGAGAGGGCUUUUAACAGGCAGAGUAGUAGCCCCCAUCAGGCAUGCGCCAAUCUAGUCUGCUUAAUGGGAAAGCCAGGCCUGAACACAACCUGUCCAGACCCCACAUUCCGUGUGUUUACAGUAAAUGCUGGGAGUCCCUUGAACCAGGACCCCCACUAAGAUAAGCAAAUCAUAAGCUUGUGUUUUAUAAAAUGGAUACUAUCUUUUAAAUAUUAUUCUUUGUUCUCUCCCCAGCGGCUGCCAUCGGGAACGGGACUUACUUUGCAGUUAAUGCGAGUUACUCAGCCUCCAGCACUUAUUCAAAACCUGACGCACAGAAUCAGAAAUUCAUGUAUCUGGCCAGAGUGUUAACCGGGGUCUGCUGCCAGGGCCAGCCUGGAAUGAUUACACCACCAGCCAAAAGUACCCGCGAUCCUACAGAUCUGUAUGACAGUGUAACCGAUUACCUCCAACAACCUUCAAUGUACGUCAUCUUCAACGAUAUCCAGGCGUAUCCCGAAUAUCUCAUCACCUUCACGGGAUGAUGUGGACCUUAUAAAUAAUGAUAUUUUCAUGGAUGCCACAUGCUAAUCCGCUAUGGCAGGAAUUCUGUGCCUUAGGAAAUGUGCAAUAUUACUCUUGUCGUUAUACUCUGUAUCGAAUCUAUGGUGUAGCCAGCAGGGGUGGAGGAAUAUCUCCAAGUCACAACGGUCUUAGCUGCACUAAUUAAGCUGCGUUUACUAACUGGUUAAUAUAGGUGGGAUGUUUGUCAUUUUAUUGCUGGAUCGCCCGAGGGGAACUUGGGGUGAGUUAAUGCGGAGUUAAUCUAAUUCCCUGUGCAAUAUGAAAGGCCAACUUCAGCAGGGAGGGGUUACUUUUACAUAAUGUAUUUUAUUGGAAUACAGCUCACGGUGUAUCUACUGAAUUAAUCUGAAUUUUAUGUGAUGGAUCAGAACACGAUAGUCUAGGUUGGUGAAGUGAAAAAUAUAUACAGAAAACUAUUUUUUAGAAAUAGAAAACAGAAAAUUGGCAUGUGCGUAUGUAUUCACCCCCUUUGUUAUGAAGCCCAUAAAAAGCUCUGGUUCAACCAAUUACCUUCAGAAGUCACAUAAUUAGUGAAAUGAUGUCCACCUGUGUGCAAUCUAAGUGUCACAUGGUCUGUCAUUACAUUUACACACCUUUUGUGAAAGGCCCCAGAGGCUGCAACACCUAAAGAGGCACCACUAACCAAACACAGCCAUGAAGACCAAGGAACUCUCCAAACAACUAAGGGACAGAGUUGUUGAGAAGUACAAGUCAGGGUUAGGUUAUAAAAAAUAUCCAAAUCUUUGAUGAUCCCCAGGAGCACCAUCAAAACCAUCAUAACCAAAUGGAAAGAACAUGGCACAACAGCAAACCUGCCAAGAGACGGCCGCCCACCAAAACUCAUGGACUUGGCAAGGAGGGCAUUAAUCAAAGAGGCAGCACAGAGACCUAAGGUAACCCUGGAGGAGCUGCAGAGUUCACAGCAGAGACCGGAGUAUCUGUACAUAGGACGACAAUAAGCCGUACGCUCCAUAGAGUUGGGCUUUAUGGCAGAGUGGCCAGAAGAAAGCAAUUACUUUCAGCAAAAAAAUGGCACGUUUUGGGUUUGCAAAAAGGCAUUUGGGAGACUCCCAAAAUGUAUGGAGGAAGGUGCUCUGGUCUGAUGAGACUAAAAUUGAACUUUUCAGCCAUCAAAGAAAACGCUAUGUCUGGCGCAAACUCAACACAUCACAUCACCCAAAGAACACCAUCCCCACAGUGAAUCAUGGUGGUGGCAGCAUCAUGCUGUGGGGAUGUUUUUCAGCAGCCGGGACUGGGAAACUGGUCAGAGUUGAGGGAAAGAUGGAUGGUGCUAAAUACAGGGAUAUUCUUGAGCAAAACCUGUACCACUCUGUGCGUGAUUUGAGGCUAGGACGGAGGUUCACCUUCCAGCAGGACAAUGACCCCAAACACACUGCUAAAGCAACACUUGAGUGGUUUAAGGGGAAACAUGUAAAUGUGUUGGAAUGGCCUAGUCAAAGCCCAGACCUCAAUCCAAUAGAAAAUCUGUGGUCAGACUUAAAGGGACACUAUAGUUACCUGAACAAGUUCAGCUUAAUGACAAUGUUCGGGUGAGAACUAUAGCUCCCUGUAGCCUUUCUCAUGUAAACACUGUAUUUUCUGAGAAAAUACAGUGUUUACAUUGAAAGCUAGGAACACCUCCAGUUGCAGUCACACAGAGGGAACCAGAGGGACUUCGGAGUUGAUGGAGGCAUAAUAUGCCUCCAUCCACUCAGAUCUGCUGUCAGCAGAGCACAGGGCAGCACUGUGCACAGCAUCUUGUGAUUCAGUAUCUCCACCCUCUGCCUGCAGACACUGAACUUUCCUCAUAGAGAUUCAUUGAUUCAAUUAAUCUCUAUGAGGAGAUGCUGAUUGGCCAGGGCUGUGUUUGAAUCAUGCUGGCUCUGCCCCUGAUCUGCCUCUUUGUCAGUCUCAGCCAAUCCUAUGGGGAAGCAUUGUGAUUGGAUCAGGCUACCACUUCUGAUGAGGUCAGCAGACUGCUUGUUUUUUUCUGAGUCUAACGGCAUGCAGAUCUACUGCUUCUGGCUUGAAUACAGUAAGAUUUUUGCUAUAUUUAUGGAGGCAUGAGGGGCCCUGGGGGGUUGGGGGGGGCGGGGGAUGGGGCUAGAUGGUGGUGUUAACACUAUAAGGUCAGGAAUACAUGUUUGUAUAGUGAUCCUUUAAAGAUUGCUGUUCACAAGCGCAAACCAUCCAACUUGAAGGAGCUGGAGCAGUUUUGCAAGGAGGAAUGGGCAAAAAUCCAAGUGGUAAGAUGUGGCAAGCUCUUCAGCAGUGCAGUCAGGGGGAGGGGGGUCACCCAACCCAGCAGUGUGACACAGACACCUGCGGAGGGCCCAGUAGAGGGAAUUAAAUUAUGGAGGGCGGUGCCCUAUAAUACUAAAACAGAAAAGGGGGUCACCCACACAUAGCAGGCCCGGGGCCUUCUUCCACCUGGGGCCAAGGUGGCCCAAAACCUGAAAGAAAGCAGUACAGCCAGCAUAUAGUGGGGGUGGGAGGAAGCCGGAGCUGGCCAGAAUGCGUGGCAUCGCACGUGGAAAAACGUUGAGAGCCGCAACAGGGGCCGGGAAGGCCGAAAAAUAGGGGGGGGGGGGAGGGGAGGGAAGCGAGUUGAAGCCCAGGAGGGCGCCGCAAUCAUGGUCUGCAGGGGGGAUCCCAGGGGAAACCAAAAGGACAGGCACCACCCCAGGCGCAACAUCCCCACAUAAAACCCAAAAGAGGCACACAGUAGCCCCAAUAAAUACAACAGAUAAGCAAUUAUAAAGCAAUAUAAUAACACAAAUAACCAAGAGCAGACACUCUCUGAGUUGGACAGUGUUCACCUGUUUUGUUCUGAUUUGGAAAAGUUAUAUUAACUGUUUCUUUGCUGGUGAAGGUUUUCAGUAAAGAAGGUAAAGCAAAUAUGAAGCCUCCUGUCUUGCCCUAAAAUGUCAGGACCAUAACACAAGUGAAUAUCAUAUGUGGCAUAUACCAAGGUGAUGUGCCAUCCCCAAUGCUGUUUUCCUUAGCCCUCAACAUACUAUGCCAGAUCAUCAUAAAGAGGGCACACGGAUACAAAUUCAAGAGUGGAGCUACCGUCCGCAACCUACUCUUCAUGGACAACAUCCAGCUGUAUGCCAAGAAUGGGCGGGACAUUGACUCACUGAUCCACCUAACUAGUAUAUGGAAAGGACAUCGGAAUGUUGUUCAGACAAGAUAAGUUUGGGCGGAUUAUAGCAAAAAGAGGAAAGAUGAUCAGGUCACCAGAAGAUGAAGUGCCAAAAGGCCAAAUAGGAGACAUAGAGAACAGUUACAAAUACCCGGGGGUUCCACAAACACAUGCCAACCGACCGUGAGGAAGAGGCAGAAAGCGGCCCGAUCCUCCUCCUCCUACAGAGCACCGCAAUUGUGGAACGACCUCCCGCACAAUUUAAAAUCUUCCCUAAGCCUAAAGUCCUUUAAGAGAUCCCUCUCUACAUAUCUCAAAACAGAAUGCACCUGUCAUGGCUGAUUCUAUAUUUCCUGCCUGUUCUAUGUUAAAUUUUGUAUAUAUUGUCUAUUAAUAUUGUUUUUGUAUUUUGUUGUACCUAAUGUAACAAUGCAAUGAUUUGUGGACCCAGGACAUACUUGAAAACGAGAGAAAUCUCAAUGUAUCUUUCCUGGUAAAAUAUUUUAUAAAUAAAAUAACAACAUCCAAGUACAUCCAGAGAGUCAGACAGAUCCCGAGGUCCCAGCUUAAUGGCAAGAAAUAUAUCAAUUUUCUCCUUGUGUUCCCUCCCUAAUUCACUACUUGUGCUUCUUCCCACUUCUGGUUACCCCCUUAUUCCACACAUAUGCCUCAUUCACCUCCUAAUUUCCCUACUUUAACCUCCCUUACCCAAUCCCCCACUUGUGCUCCCAGUUGGAAUUUGGAAGUUAUGGAUAAUAAAAUAAAGCUUUUCUGGGGAGCGAUGAUGUGAUGUUGCACACACGCCCACUACCUGACAUGAGAUCGCGGAUGCAGGGUGUUGGUACUCCCUGAUCGUGCUGAAGUUACACCGUGCCGCCGUUCCAGACGCCUAUGAUGUAUGAGUUGUAGGGCUCUGUAGGGUGAUAUUCCUCUCUCAAACAAAAGGGUGAAAGCGCACAGAAUAAUUAAAAUGUAUUACCC